AUGAAAUUUUCAAUCAACCAGGAGGAGUUCACGAGCGAGCCGAAGUACCACUAUUUGGUUAAUUCAGAAAAGAGUUGCUUCGCGGAUGUAAACGUCACACACAGCAAUAUAAUACAAAAUGAUACAAACAAUGUUACAGAUUCGGAUCUUUACUGUCCUCGUACGUUCGAUGGCUGGAUGUGCUGGGAUGAGACACCGGCAGGCGCCACCGCACUCCAGUCCUGUCCGGCUUUCGUUAUUGACUACAACUCGCAACGCAAUGUUUCAAAAAGAUGUACUGAAAAUGGCACAUGGUUGGUUCAUCCCAAUACCAGCACACCCUGGAUGGACUACAUUACUUGCAUUGAUGUUGAUGAUUUAAAUUUUAAAAACAUUAUCAAGAACGUAUAUAUAGCUGGAUAUACUAUCUCUACAGUUGUGCUGCUGCUUUUACUGAUAUUAUUAAUUUACUACGGGUCUCGUCAAUGCAUUCGCAUCCAGAUCCACAAACAUCUUUCCAUAUCUAUGAUUCUAAAUAAUAUUCUCUGGAUUAUUUGGUACACGUCAGUUGUGAAUAACUUUGUAGUGGUCCAGAACAAUGAGAUUUGGUGUCAAAUUCAUCACAUCGUCACAGUUUACUUCAUGCUUUCAAGCUACUUUUGGAUGUUUUGCGAUGGUCUCCACUUCCAUUUAUCCCUAUUUGUGGUAUUCGUGAGGCAUCACGUACCGAUGCGUUGGAUGAAAGCAGUCGGAUGGAUACUACCUACAGUGAUCACCGCAAUCUACUCAAUUACACGCUGCAGCAUACCUGGAGAAACUGAAAGGUGCUGGAUGAACGAGAGCAUCACGUUUUGCUUCAUCGCGGUACCCGUGAUAAUUUCACUUGGGGCAACAUUUGUAUGUUUAAUUAAAGCUUUGAGAAUUUUAUGCAUGACGUUGUAUGAGGUGCCGAACCAGCGUCUUUCUCAGUAUUUGAGAAGAGCUGCUCGAGCUGCUCUUAUUUUGAUACCGCUGUUUGGCAUCCACUUCAUGCUGGUUCCAUGGCGACCAAAAUUUCACCCUGUAGCUGAAAAAACUUAUGAAAUAUUAAAAGCUACAAUUACAAAUUUUCAGGGGGUCUGUGUGGCGCUGCUGGUCUGUUUUACCAACCCUGACAUACUGAACGCAAUAUGUCGCCUGUUUAGGACCAGUGAAGCUAUCCCUAUGGCAGAAAUGACAGGUGUCAGAGGUCGCAGAAUCUUCGGCGGAACAAGGGAAAACGUCGUCUAA